AUGUACAGAAGUAUUUUUUUUAAACGGUUAUUACAUUUAAGACAAUUUAAAAACGAGUGCUUAGUCCAAUUACUAGAAAGCAAAAGUCGUAUAGUAAACGAUACAUAUUACAAAGUUCGAUGUAUAUCUACGUCAGCAGUUUAUAAUAAAAAAAGAAAAACUCCCGAAGAAAAAAUUAUUAUCCAAGUGACGGUAAUGCGACGGCUAGUUCGGAGAGUGACAGUGCUAACGAAAGUUGGAAUCCACCUUUAUCUUCUAGGCGAGCAUCAACCUUCACUGAGAGUGACUUUACCUGAAGUUCAGAGGAGGAUUUCUGCAAGAAGAAUAGGUAAUACAGAUUUGGACGCUUACAAUAUGCCAAGUACAUCAUCUGCCACAAUUAGUACGUCAAGUACAUCUGCAACUACUCUUACUACUGGUAAUAAUGAGCCAAGUCUCUCUGGUACAACAUCCAAGUGGCUAAAACAAAAACUCGACUCAAUAGAGUGGCACAUGCCUACUCAAGAAGGUCCAAUGCCCAUGGAAUAUACCGGGCCUAUUUCAGGCUUCAAAGAAAUAUACUCAGGCAUUCUUGCUAAUGCUUCGCCAAUAGACUAUUUGGAUUUGUUCAUGACUAACGACAUUAUUCAGCAUAUUGUAGACCAAACGAAUUUAUACGCCACGCAGCAACUACUGUCAAAUGAUAUUCCUUCAGGUUCUAGGCAACAUGCCUGGGUUCCUGUUACCUUGGAUGAAAUGAAAAAAUUUCUCGCACUCAUUGGUUGGAUGGGAUUGGUGAAGCUGCCAUCGAUAAAAGACUACUGGCGCGUUCAUAAGCUCUACAAUAUUCCAUUUGCACGCACUGUAAUGCCUAGGAACAGAUUCGAGUUGAUUCUCAAAUUUAUUCACUUCACAGAUAAUACGUUAGCUGACCCAAAUGACCGGCUUUACAAGUUGAGAGAUAUACUUGACAUGUUUAUAAAUAACUACAAGAAAACGUACACACCGGGAGAAAAAAUAUGUGUCGACGAAUCGCUGAUACCUUGGUGCGGUCGACUUUUGUUUAGGCAAUAUAUACCCAAUAAGAGUGCAAAAUACGGUAUCAAAGUAUUCAAGCUAUGUACCGAAAAAGGAUAUACUUGGAACUUGUCUGUUUACUGUGGCAAAUCUAAAGACCCGCAAACUGAAGUCUCAGAAAGAACAGUUAUGUCUUUGGCAGAAGAACUCUUAGAUGAAGGAAGAACAUUUUACAAAGACAAUUAUUAUACCAGUGUUCCUCUCGCCUUACGUUUGCGUAAUAGAAAAACCCGUCUAGUAGGAACCCUAAGGGCUAAUAGAAAAUAUUUACCAAAGGAAGUGGUACAGGCCCAAUUGAAGAGAGGAGCAAUGGCUGCAAAGCAGAGCAAUGAAGGCAUAGUUGUUCUGAACUGGCGUGAUAAAUGCGACGUAUGGAUGCUUACCACGAAAAGGUCUGCUCUUGAAAUGGUGCCAAAUAAUAGCAGAAAUACGAAUGCAAUGCACACUAAACCCAAAUGUAUAGCUGACUACAAUAAAGGUAAAUCUUCUAUAGAUAUUAGUGACCAAAUGGCCACGUAUGGUACAGCCUUACGACGCUGCACCAAAUGGUACUGCAAAUUAGCAUUUGAAAUACUUUGGGGAACAAGUGUAGUAAAUGCCCAUUUCCUGUACAACGAAUAUUCACUUCAAAAGAAACUCACAAUCACGGAAUUUUGUGAACAAGUGAUCGAUGCAUUGCUGGAGAGAAUUUCUAAUCUCUAUGUAAAUGUCUCUAAUCUAAAUGUUGAAAGACCUUCACGAUCGAGACCAGACGACAAGCAUUAUUUGGUCCAAAACAUUGCUGUAGAAAAUCUUGGAAGACGGGUGAUACGGUACACUAAAGGUGGCACAGAAGUAGUCGGAAUAUGGCGAAACAUGACAGUACAAGAUGUUGCUAAUGUGCUGAAGAAGGAUGUGGAGCACAUAUUCAAAACGCUAGAGUUUGCCGACAAGAAUUCUAACACUGUAUACACACGAGACACGGUGAUACACAAUCCACAGAUUGUGAGGGAAAUUGUGAAAAUAUCAGGAUGCCGAUUCAAGCUCGUGCCGAGGCCUGAUGAGGUUGUUGAGGAAAAGGAGAAUAAGGAUGCAGUUCCGGCACCUCCAGCCCCGCCCGAGGCGCUUCGCCCCCGGCCGCCGGUGGUUUGUGUGAUGGGCCACGUGGAUCACGGCAAGACCACUCUUCUGGAUGCAUUAAGAAACACUUCUGUAGUUGAUCAGGAGUUCGGAGGCAUCACUCAACAUAUCGGCGCCUUUGAAGUGAGGCUGCGAUCAGGGGAGACGGUGACGUUCCUGGAUACGCCGGGGCACGCGGCCUUCAGCGCGAUGCGUGCGCGUGGUGCUGGUGCCACCGACGUGGUAGUCCUGGUGGUGGCCGCAGAUGACGGCGUAAUGGAGCAGACCAUUGAGUCCGUGCGCAUGGCGCGAGAGGCGGAAGUACCAAUACUGGUGGCGAUCAACAAAAUCGACAAGCCAGGUGUAGACAUUCAACGCACACUACGUUCGCUCGCACAACACGGCGUGGUGUGUGAAGCUCUAGGUGGUGAUGUACAAGCCGUCCAAGUGUCCGCACUUAAAAAGUUAAAUCUGGACACGUUGGUGGAGGCGCUGACACUUCAGGCGCAACUGAUGGACCUCAAGGCGGACCCCGGGGGAUAUGUGGAGGGAGUCGUCCUGGAAGCUCAACUCGACACGCGGGUUGGGAAACAAGCGACUGUGCUAGUGCAGAGAGGGACACUGCGGAAAGGUUGCAUUCUAGUUGCUGGAAACGGCUGGGCUAAGGUCCGCAUGCUGCAAUCGGCAGAUGGUCGUCCCGUACUGGAGGCCCCGCCUUCGAGCCCCGUGUCGGUGCUGGGCUGGCGCGAACUGCCGGCUGCCGGGGACACCGUGCUCGAAGUUGACUCAGAUAAACGUGCGCACGAGGUAAUGAAAUGGCGUCACAGUCAAAGCAUGAAGGAGAAGCAGGAGGAGGACUCUGAGGCGAUAUCAGCCAAGGAAGCCACUCACAGAGCUCAGUACCGCGAGGCGCUGGCACACAAACGCUCGCUGGGACGGAUGAGGCUCCGGCCCGAGGGACCAAGGCAGAAGCUUAUCAAAGAAGAUACACAUCCCACACUUAGAGUUCUAGUAAAAGGUGACGUAGACGGUUCCGUAGAAGCGAUCCUCGACAUCCUGGAGACGUACGACGAACACGAUAGAGUGCGACUGGAUCUGGUGCAUUACGGCGUAGGACACGUGACACCCAACGAUCUAGAGAUCGCACAAGCAUUCAACGCUGUUAUAUACGCAUUCAACGUGGAAUGCCCGCCGGCGUUGUCUGUAGAAGCGAAAAAGAACAACAUACCUAUUAAAAAUCACAAUGUCAUCUACCGACUAGUGGACGACGUGAAGGAAGAAAUCAGCGCCAGAAUACCAAAGCGGCAAGAAGAGGAACUAAUCGGCGAGGCUAAUGUUCUGCAGCAGUUCCAAGUGUCUGAGGGACGAAAGAAAGUGCCAGUAGCGGGCUGUCGCUGUGUACGCGGCUCUCUGUCGCGAGCUGCUCUGUACAGAGUGCUUCGUGGCGCAGACGUCGUAUUCGAAGGCAAGCUGGCUUCCAUGAAGCAUCUGAAAGAGGAAGUGAACACAAUCAAACGUGACACGGAAUGCGGACUUCGCUUCGACGAUCCCGCGUUCGAAGUGCAACCCGGUGAUACCGUCAUCUGUUAUAAAAUGGUGGACGCGAACGACCAGACUGGAUGGGAUCCCGGAUUUUGA